AUGUCUAAUUCAAAACAAGAUAUAGAACGAAAAAAGAAGCAGGUGAUAGAAAAACUUAAAACUGGUGAAUUUAUUGCUAUAUUAGAACCACCAUCAUCAUCUCAUGGUUCAUUUUGGCAACAUUUAUUACGUAUCAAAUGUUUAAACAAUGAAUAUCAACCAUUUGUACAAUGUCAAUUGUGUUAUGAAAUAUUAUCUUAUUCUAUAUCAAAUGGAACUUCAACUAUUAGUUAUCAUGUUAAGAAUUGUUUGAACAAAUCAAGUGUGCUAAAAAGUAACAAAACCAUUGAUAGUUAUGUAUCAAAAAAUACUGAAGUUAAUGUAACAGUUGAUGAUAAACGAUCAAUAACAGUUGCUUGUGCUAAAUUUUGUUCAUUUGAUAUGCGGCCCUUCAGCAUUGUAAAGGGUCAAGGUUUUACAAAUUUAUGUCAAAAUUUAAUUAAUAUUGGUUAUCAGUAUGGUACCACUAAAAGUGGUCCACCUUCAGCAAGCUCAGUAUUACCUGAUCCAACAAAUGUUUCUCGUACUGUUUCUCAAAUUUCUGAAGAAUAUAGAGAACAGUUAAAGAAUAUCUUAAAGGUUGAUUUACAAGGUGUAAAAUUGAUCGGUAUAUCAACAGAUUAUUGGAAGAAUAGUGGUACAAGUGAAAAUUAUUUAACAGUAAAUAUACAUUAUUCCAAAAAUGAAAAAAAUGUUACUUAUAUGUUACGAACUUCAUUAUUUGAUCAAUCUAAAACAGGUGAUAAUACUAGAAAAAAAUUUUUUUCAAUCUUAUCAAGUUAUGGCAUUGAUCCAAAUGAAUAUCAUAUUGUGUAUAUAACUGAUAAUGGUUCUAAUCUUAUUUGUGCUUUCCAUAUGUGCGUUCAUUUCAAAAGAUGUGAAAUGAAUCAGUUAUUACAAACGAGUUUAAAAUUAAAUGUUGAUACACGUUGGAAUUCUAUUCAUGAUAUGCUUGAAUCAAUAUCAUUUAAUUUUCAAAAAUGUGAAGAUGUUCUACUCGAUCGAAACGAAUCUUAUUACUUGAAUGAAAUUAAUCGAAAAUUAUUAUUGGAUUUAGUAAAAUUCUUGUUCUUAUUCAAAGUAGCAAGUGAACAGUUAUCUGCUGAUACAUCACCAACUCUUCAUUUAGUUGUACCUUGGUUUACGAAAUUGAAAAAUUCAUGUGAAAUUGAAGAAGGUGAUCAUUUAUUACUCGUUCAAUUCAAAAAUGCUGUUUCGAGGAUGCUGGAUGAAAAGAUUUAUUUGACGUCUUUACACUAUAUUGCUACUUUUUUGUAUCCAGCAACAAAAAAAUUUUUAACAUUAAGUAGCAGCUUUCGAGACGAAAUUUAUUCUGACACUCGAAAAAUGAUUCAAACCAUUGGUAUUCAACAAGAACAUUCAACUGUAUCAUCUACAAAACAGACUAAUAUUGCUAAUAAGACGUCGAAAAAAAAGAAAACCAAUUUAGUUAUUCAAAAAGAUGUUAUGCAAGAAUUUGCAGGAGUUGAGGAAGAGGAUUUUGAUGAUGAUUCUGAUGAAAUUGAUCGCUAUAUUAACACCAAGCUUUCAUUUUCAAGUGAUGACACGUUGUUAGGAUGGUGGAAUAAGCAUUCUUUAAUAUUUCCACAACUUGCUUUAUUAGCUAAGUCGUUAUUAGGCGUUCCUGCCAGUUCAGCUACAUCGGAACGUGUUUUUAGUUCAUCAGGUCGAAUAUUAGAAAAAAGAAGACAGUAUUUGAAGCCAGAUAUUGUUGAUGAUAUUUUGAUGAUUAGAAAUUUUCGAGAUGUAUAG